AUGAAGUCGAUCUUACUACUAAUGAUGGCGGCAGCCGUUGCCGUCGCACAGACCGUACAAACCGUACCGACCGAAGGCACUAGCGCAAGCAUCAACACCCGCCCGAUAUCACUUACAUCAGACGACACACCCACUCUAAGCUCGAUCUCGUCAACCGUGUCAGAUACCACAGCAUCAACAUCCUCGGAAUCAUCUACUAGCGCUACUAGCAGUGCGAGCGUCACAAGCACCACCAGCGACACUAGCGCGUCCACGGGAUCAAGUUCGUCUCCGAGUAUUACAUCCGCUGGGACUGCGACGCAGACACUGGGCGGAGUUACGCCUUCGACGAUAAUCAGUGGUUCUUUGACGGAAUCUCUUAGUGCGUCGUCGACGCCUAAUGCUGCUGCGAUGCCUACUGGGAUUGGAGCUGGGGUGGUGGUUGGUAUGCUUGGUGUUGUCGCUGCGUUAUGA